AUGGCUCUCCUCGCCGUCGCCUCCCCGCUCAAAACCCUAAACCCUACCUUGAGCUCGGGCCCCGGCCGCCGCCGCCGUACCCUCCUCAGCUCCUCCCAUCUCCGCCUGCUGCCGCUGCUCUCGCGGAGCGGCCGCCUCCGCUGCUCGGCCGGCUACGGCGAUGCCGCCGCGCCGCAGCAGGCGGCUCCGACGACGCAGCGCCCGGACGAGAUCCCGUGGAGCAGGGAGCUCUGCAACUCGGUGCGGCUUAUAGGGACGGUGGGCACCGACAUCGAGCUGCGCCAGCUCCCCAGCGGCGCCUCCGUCGCGCGGGGGCGCAUUGCCGUCUGGAAGUCGGCCACCGAGACCACAUGGGUAACUCUUGCAUUUUGGGAUGACUUGGCUAUUAUGGCCUCUGAGCAUGUAAAACAGGGAGACCGAAUAUUUGUUUCUGGACGGCUUGUAUCAGAUACUGUUGAUGAGGGGCCUGAGAAGAGGCAGGUUUACUACAAGGUUGUCGUUCAACAGUUCAACUUCAUUGAGUCCUUCCAACCUGUGCGGUUAUAUUCAGAGUCAAGCCAGGACGGUGGAAAGCAUGGAGAGUAUGUUGGUACUGAUUCUACCUCUGGUUCAACUGAGAAUAAGAAGGGAGAUUACAUGAGUUCCUCCUCCCGUUCAACUGAAGCACUGUGGCAAGCAUUCUUUGCUAAUCCUCUUGAAUGGUGGGAUAACAGGAAAGAUAAGAAGAACCCAAGGUAUCCAGACUUCAAGCACAAGAGCACCGGCGAAGCGCUGUGGGUUGAGGGGAGGAACAACCCCAACUGGGUCGUCUCCCAGCUGGCGAUCUUGGACUCGAGGAUGGGUUCCCUGCAGGACAAACAGAGGAAACCAGUCUCCUACAUGUACGCCGACGACUUCAUGACAUCUGACGCCAGCGACUAA